UGGCAUGAUGGGCUAUACUCUAGGAUUCUUGGGUGCUGGUGCUAAUGGACUACAAGGCGGAAACAUUAUCGUUACUUACAAUGACGCUACUACACAAACAUUUCAAUUAACAUUUAAUGAUUGGUAUGGAAAUGCACCCACAAGUGGAACAGAAACACUAGCGACGACAAUUUGGGAUCAGUGCAGUGGUGGUUCAUGUACUUCGGCAAAUCAUAACGUCAGCAUUUAUUUUUCAGCAUUUACAAUUGAUCCAACAAAAACAAUUCAGUCAAUUACAUUGCCGGUUAAUUCAAAUCUACAUAUAUUUGCAAUCGGUACAAAUCCAAUUGAAACAUCAUGCACAGACGGAAGGUAG